AUGGUGUACAAUCCUAUUCAUGCAAAGUUAGAACAGCUUUCUGCAAAUUGUGGUAUAGAUGAAGUUACUUUGAAACUUGCGAUCUGUUUGUUUGCAUCUUUUCCAUUGAAUGGGAUCUUGAAGAGAUUACCAGAUAACAACAUCCGGUUGAAAUGUUAUUUCAUAGUUGCUAUCUCAGCUUUCUACAUCUUUGGGAUAUUAAACCUGUAUGAUGGAUUCACGACAUUGUUCAUUAGCACAAUUUUCACAUUCGUAGUGACUAGAUAUUACCAGUCCACAUUCAUGCCGUAUGUGAAUUUUGUUUUUAUUAUGGGCCAUUUAGCUAUAAAUCACAUGUACGCCCAGUUUUAUGCCACAUACGAUCCAACAAAGAUCGAUAUCACUGGUGCGCAGAUGGUUCUUGUCAUGAAAUUGACAUCGUUCGCUUGGUCCUAUUAUGAUGGGACUUUAGCUGAUAAAAAGGAUUUAACAGAAUAUCAACUGUCUAGAUCUGUGUCAAGGCAUCCAAGUCUUUUGAAAUUUAUGGCUUAUGCCUUCUUUUAUCCUUCUUUGUUAACAGGACCUAGCUUCGAUUAUGCCGAUUUUGAAUCGUGGUUGAAUUGUGAGAUCUUUAGAGACUUACCUGAAUCAAAGAAACCAAGACGUAAGUGGAACAAGGAUCCUAACUUGAGAAGGCAGAUUCCCAAGAGUGCUGGUGUAGCCCUUGUAAGAAUCGCUCAAGGUAUUUUCUGGUUGGUACUUACCUUUUUGAUCAAGGAUUACGUCUAUACCGACUACAUAUUUACCGAUGAGUUCAUUAACGUGAGAAGCUUCUUCUACAGAAUCCACUAUUUGUUCCUUCUAGGAUUCUCUUAUAGAUUGAAAUAUUAUGCUGCGUGGACCAUCUCUGAAGCUUCUUGUAUUGUAUGUGGGUUAGGUUACAACGGUUAUGACACAAAACUUAAUAAGAUCAAAUGGAACCGUGUCCAAAACAUUGACAUUUGCAGAUUGGAAUUGGCUCAAAAUACCCACGAAUCCCUGGAGGCUUGGAAUAUGAAUACCAACAAAUGGUUAAAGAAUUACGUCUAUCUACGUGUGGCUAAAAAGGGAUCUAAGCCGGGUUUCCGUUCAACAUUAUUCACAUUCCUUACAUCUGCAUUCUGGCAUGGGACCAGACCUGGUUACUAUCUAACCUUCGCUACUGGGGCCCUGUUCCAGACAUGCGGUAAGCUCUACAGAAGAAACUUCAGACCAAUAUUCUUAGCCAAAGACGGUAAAACUCCAUUGAGAUCGAAAAUAAUCUACGAUGUAAUCUCCUUUUAUGUGACUAAAAUUUCCUUUGGGUAUCUUGUUCAACCAUUUGUCAUUCUUGACUUUAAGAAAUCAUUAUAUGGAUGGAAAACGGUCAAUUUUUAUAUCCAUAUUGGAAUACUAAUAACUUUCUUUGCAUUCAAGGGUCCAUUCAGUAAACAGUUUACCAACUGGUUGAAGAGCUUCCAGCCAGUGCAAAUAGAAUUGAAGAGACAAAAGAAAAUGGAGAAAGAAGUGGCAGCAACUUCGGGUACCCUUGGUUCAGUUAUAGCCGAUAAGCACGAAUUUGAGCGCGAUGAAUUAGAAGGCGAGCUUGAGCAUGCUAUGGAUCUAGGUAUUCCUUCUGUUAGCUUUGACAAAGAACAAUUCGAUAAUGCAAGGGAAGACUUACAUGAAUUCAGACGUCAAUAUGAAGAGUGGAGAAACGAGAAGGGUUUGGAAGUUGAAGAAGCGAACUUGCGCAGAGCCUACGAAAAUUUCACCAAACAACUCCAACCACAGCACAGAAGAAUGAGUUUCAGCGAUUAUUCACCAACACCAAUUAGAAAGAAAGAAUAG